AUGGGAGGAACGACAAAGAGCUCCUUCUUCUUCACUCCCACUUCACAAAGCAAGUGGACAGCGUCAAUUGGGUGGAGAGGUGGUCAUGGCGACACUUUCCAGUUGCAGACAUUCAACAACAAGUACACGCGCGAUCGACCCAUGACUCAAGCUCCCAUUGCAAUACAACAUUUUGCUGUUCUCGCGUUCAUACAAUGUUUAAAGGGGGCUUCCUUUGACAUGUUGGAUGAUGACACCUCUGGCACCAGCAAGAUACUGACCCCAAACAAGAAUGCUUUACGUUGGCUCAAUGGUAAGCAUGGUAUUGGAUCUGCAACGCAAGACUUGUUGAUUGACGAGCUUGUAAUGGAAGAAGAGCAGCAGCACAAUAGGGAUGGCAUGGAGAUACGGGUUUUUAUUUGUGGGAAGGAUGCCAUUGAGAAGUACCACAAGGCCCUCGCUCGGCUAUACAUAUUACAUUAUCAACAACACAUCAAGGAGGUCAUUGUACUGUACUAUCUUGGCGCGAUGGCCAUAUUGUCUUUGCGUAAAUCGGUGCCACUCAUGCUGCCGCUUCAAUUUGAACAUGCAUCCUCUGGUCGUCCGACGGACUACCAAAUGUAG